AUGAAUGGAAAGAAAGGCAGUUCUUUAACAAGGUAUAUCACCGAUAUCAUGGCAUUUUGUUUUAUGGUGGGUACCGAAGUUAGGAGCUCCUUUCAAGUUGAAGGCCAGGCAGGAAUGAGUAUUUCAAAACUAAGGGAAGUAAUCUAUGAGAAGAAUAAGAACGAUUUCAAAAAUUUUGAUGCCAACAAGUUGAACCUAUGGAAGGUGGAUAUUCCUGGCGAUGCAGAAAACGAUAAAUUCGUUAAACUGAGAACACUUGAAAGCAGAUCUCAUAAUGAAGAUACUAUUAUACAAGAGCUCGAAGGACAAGAGUUGACUCCAUUUAAUGAUUUUGGUGACAUUUUUGCGUAUUGUGACUUGAAGAACAUCCGCAUCAUCGUGCAACCACAACUGCCCACCACUGGGAAAAGAAGACACGAAGACUCGGACUCAGAUGAAGAAAGCGGAACCCGAAAAAAGGAGAAACAAACACUAAAAACCUUGACUUCUCUCCUUGCUUCGUCAAUAUUGCAACCUCCUGCCGUAAAGAUUCCUUCUCACAAGUUUUACGAUCGUGAUCAGGCUCUAAAUUCGAUAUUGGAAGUCGCUCGCUAUAACUACCAGGGUCGUAACAGUCCUGACCACAAAAAUCAUAAAUUUAUCCUAAUUCCUGGAGGGAUAGGAAUAGGAAAGACACGGAUGGGCUGGGAAUCAAAGUAUCUGCCCUCUAUACUGUCAACAAGAAGUAGCGACACUGCUGAGUUUGUGGAGGCUCUAAAAGAUCCCUGUUACGUCUUUAUUGACUUAAAUAAUGGAAGUAAAUAUAUUAAAGGUUUUGAUGAUGUGGAAGAUCCAAGUGUGCGAAUAGGAACGCGUGUUGCAGUGGCUUCAGGGUUGGUGUCCGAGUGUUCUUGUCUACAUGAACUAUUAAAAACAAACAAUAAAGAACUCUUCCGACUUUCUGACGUGAUUUGUGAGAUACUUCAACGUCGUUUUAAAAUGCAACAGCGUUCAGUUGAGGCUAUCAUCAUCCAUCUUGACGAAUAUCAACUUUAUAUUAAUGAUGUUCAACAAUACCAACAAAUAUCAUGGAUAAAUUCUCGCGAUUUCUUUAAACCAAUGCUAAGGGGGAUUGGUAGUGUCAUGCGUGGUAAUAAUAUGAAAGAUGAGUAUGGUGGAAAAUAUUUUAUCGUCCCAAUCUGUACGGGAACAUCUGCUAUAGACGUUCAUUUUUUUACCUACAGAGCAUACUCAAAAAAUGUUGGAACCCAAGCCUUUGAAUUAUGUCUCAGCAAAGUUAAUGCAAAGUUAAUGUUCCUUGACAAAUAUGAUUAUUCAAAGCAAACAACUGAUGAAGGAAGAGAUCUAGUGGUGCAAGGCCUCAAAUCACAUCAAUCUUCUGAUCUUAAUAAUGAAGAUGUCGAAAAGCUUUCAGCGGAUUUUUGUAACUUUGUCCUGAAUCAACAACACUUUCGCAUUGCCAUGUCUGACACUGGCUUCAUUCCGAAGUUCAUUGAUGAUCUCUUAAGCCCGCCUACCCUUACGUCAAAUUUUGAUUGGGGGAAUCAACUUUUUAAUAAAGUAUCUAGCCGGAAUAUUACUACAGUUGGAAAAGGUCCAGAUUUUCGAUUAACUAGUGGCACAUCCAUCGGUGAACUUGAGCGAUCUGGUUUGAUCUAUUUUUCUAACACUAAUGAUGAAUGGUAUACUAUCGUUAUGCCCUUUAUGCUAUUGAAAGUACUCAAUAACAAGCUCCUAACAUCUAAUGUAGAAGAUAUAGAACUUGUAUUUCAGGAUAAUCUUCUCUUUAUCCCAACACAUGAAACUCCUUGGCAGUGGCAAAAUUUUGAACUUUUAUAUGGGCAUUUCCAAAAAGCUCUUAUUGAUAGUUUAAUCUACGUUCAAGAAUCAACGAUUAAGAAUAUUGAGCAUGAAAUUCGGCAACUUCAAAAAGAUUUGGAAGAACAAGAGGAUAAUUACGAAAAAAUCAUAAUUGAAGAUGAAAUCAGUUUGCAAAAUCAAGAACUUGACCGCCAAAAAAAAAAGAAUAAUUGGCAACUAUCUGAUGCAUUUCGUGGCGCUUUAGGUGCUGACACGCUUCUCCAACGCAAAGUACGAUUGCACAGACUCAGAGUAUUUAUUGAGAACAAGAAAUUUCUUGAGAAAAUAGAAGAUGUUGCAACUUUUAAUAAUUCAGUGACAUGCAAUGAUAAUGUAACCCGCAGGCUUGAUGAAGGUAUAUUCUGUUGUUUCAGAGGAUGUGCUAACAUUGUUCACCAUUGGAUUCUUGAUUCUGCUAAUAAUAGAAAGAAAUUAGCGAUCUUUUCACAAAUUAAGUACUCAGAACGCGAUGCAACAACCACAAUUUCAACACCGGGCAUUAAAGAUUGGUAUGAUAAAACAAUGAAAUCGGUAGGAAAUUAUGAGAAUGAGUAUGAUGUGGUUCUUGUUUUGUUCACAAACCGGAAAUGUACGGGAAAAAUUAAUAUCGAAAACAUGCCUCAUCUACUUCUCAUUUAUCCGAAAAAUAUUGAGAAGUAUCUUUCUCCAACAUUUGCUCAUCGUGGUUUAGUGGAUAGACCAAGCGAAAAAUGA